CUUUUUACGGCAGUUAGUUAGUACAUUCGACUGACUCGCUAUUGAAUUUGAUUUUCACGGCAUGUAGAGACAGAGAAUCGACCGAAAAGAAGAUGAAAGCUAUUCUGUGUAUUGCGUUUGUCCUAUUAACCACCACAUUACUUGCAUUGUGGUAUUUGCCACCAACAACAGCUUUGCCUGUCAAAUGGCGUGACUAUUUCAGCCAUGAAAUAAGGGAUUACUGGGCACUUCCUCGUCGAGAGAAUGAACAUUUACGACAGGAGCCAGACCUCGUUGAGAAAUGUUGGAAAGGUAGCGGAAGUGACGUCAGUGAAGAAAGUGAAAAAUACAUUGGUUGGGGUGGUGAAAGAGAUGAUUCAGGCAGUGGCGCCGGAAGUUUAGAGGAGGAAAGUUCAGGUAGUGAUGGGGAAAGUAAAGGAAGUGGAGAGGGAGGCAGCGGAGAAAAUGGAGAGGAAGGAAGCAGUGGAGACAGUGGAAUGAAAGAAAUCAGCGGAGGUAGUGGAGAGGAAGGAAGCAGCGAAGAAAGUGAAAUAGAGGGAAGCAGCAGAGAAAGUGGAGAGGAAGGAGGCAGUGCAGAGAGCAGAAAAGAAGGAAGCAGUGGAGAAAGCGGAGAAGAAGGGAGCAGUGGAGAAAGUGGAAUGGAAGGAGGUAGUGAAGAAAGUGCAGAGGAAGUAGGCAGUGCAGAGAGCAGAAAAGAAGGAAGCAGUAGAGAAAAAAGUGGAAUGGAAGAAAGCAGCGGAGAAGGUGGAGAGGAAGGGAGUAGCCAAGAAUAUGGAAGCACAGACGAAAGUGGAGGCGAAGGAAGUGGCGAAGAGAAUGAAGAGGAGAGAAGCGGUGAAGAAAGUGGAGAUGAGGGAGGCAAUGAAGAACACCAAGAGAAGGAAGGAAACGGGGAAAGGGAAAAGGAAGGGAGUGCUGAAGAAAAUGGAAACGAGCAAGGCGGCAUGGAGAGUAGCGAGGAAAGUGGUGAGGAGGAAGGCACUGGAAUGGAAAAUAUCAUCGCUGUUAACAAUGGCCGCGUUCUUUUGGCCGGUGGCAUUCCACGUAACCCUACCACCGAGCCCAUUUCACCGACACCUGAGACGACAGAUGCCGUUCAGGACCUUCUAGAGAUGGUUAAAGAGAUAGAGAAUGUAGCUGAGCUUCCAUGGCCUUAAUUGGGUUGGAGUGUCAGCGCUGAUUAUACGACUAGUUAUAAUUUUGUAUAGUUAAAUAUGAUUAGAGAUAAAACUAGAAACGAACAUAACUUCCCAUGCUUCACUUCUUCUGCGGGACAAAAAUCGCAGUGCUUCAGUGAGAUACAGGGUCGCUUCCAAUUUAGUUAGAAAAUUCGGUGACCAUUUUCUUUCAAGAGGAUCAGUAAAAACCUUUUUUUUUUCUUUACACAAAAGAACGGGACAACUAUGCUCCAUUUGUAUAACAGAAUUUUCUCCGAGCAAAAGAAAAAAAAACACACUUUGGUUGGAGAGGCAGUCGGCUCUAGUUCUAUUCGCUCAUUUAAGCCGAGAUUUCAUGCCUUUUUAGACUGCAAGCGAUGGAAAAAGGAAAUUACCUGCAAGGAGGUCUUCAAUUCUUGCCCGGCCUUGAGCAACUCAACCCGGCGAGUUCUGCCAGGGCUUGGCACUGAUUACUUCAGUGCCAAAACCCGGCAAACCCUCCCCCUCUGAAAUCUUCCCGCGGGCGGAGAAGCGAGCGUUCUGUAGUGUUCAAAAAGAAGAUCUGCUCGCAAGCUAAUGAAGUAUGAAAUAAUUGAAAUGUAUGCAAAGCUGUAAAAUCGAGUCAAGCACCAAUCAAGUCAGAGUUAGUUUAAUUGUAUUUAUAAACUCCUUAAGCUGGGUUCGUCAACUUACAUCAAGAAAAAAGCAUCGUAGAGCUUGAGAAAUAAAUGGUACAAUGAUCGUU